AGGCAUGCAAGAGUUGAUGUACAUGUAAUGAACACAGGAUUGCAUCAACUACCAGGCGAUGUAUUGACACGUCAUCGCCAAUAAUGGGAAUGUAUUUGCAAGUACGAACAAGAUGCGUGUAAAAAUGUCCCAACUGAGCCAGUUUGUAGAUGAAACUUUCAGUAACACGAACACUUUAAUUCUGGAAAUCGUGCUGUUGUCAACAUGUCUGAUCGGCGACCGCAGCCUGUCGUUCGUCUCAAGCAGACUUGGCGAUUUUCUCUGGGCUCGGGCAGGUAUUGACAGUGCUACACAUGGGCUGAUAGCUUUGUGGUCCUGGGCGUUGGUGGAAAAUGUCAACUUUGACCGCUACAAACUUCUCAACUGCCUCCUGUGUGCCGUGCUGGCUGUCAGUGUUGACCUGGAUCAUUUUUAUGCUGCAAGGUCGUUGAAUAUUAAGGCAGCAGUGAGCCUACCUGACCGCCCACCUCUCCAUCUGACCACCAUCAUCCCAGUGGUGUCUGCGACGUUAUGGAUUCUGGGGAUGGUGCUCAAAGUCCGCUACUUGAAGACCUUGUCUCUCAUCUUCCUGACUGCAGUCUUCUCCCACCACCUGCGUGACGCAACCCGCAGAGGGUUCUGGCUGGCUCCCUUCUCAAACUCUCGUCAAGUGCCUUACUGGAUGUAUUUAGCAGUUACCAUGGUGAUCCCGGUGCUUGUCAGGAAAGUCUAUAUCAGUGUCUUGUCAGAGAAGAAAGUAUUGGACAGCAGUGUUGAGACUAUUGCUGUAGUACCAACCAUAUUCACUGCCAAGUCCUGACACCUAAUGGUUGUCAUGGUUACAGUGAUGCUGCUAUAGUGUGUUCAUAGCACCUGUUCACUCUUUUUUUCUCGGGGAAUUAUUUUAAUGGACCGGUUUUUCCAAACUAACUUC